AAUGAGGAAGAUGGCAAACCCGUCGACUAUUGAGACAGAGAGCUUUGCUUCCACAGCUUCAAUCUCAAAGGACCUCCCUGAAAACCAUGUCAAGCAUCUCCUUCAGUUUCUCAAAUUAUCGGGUGUUUCUGGCCCUCUUCCAGAUCACUGCAAUACUAAAGACUUCUACUCCUACCUCGUUCUCGGCAUCCUCAAGCCGCUCAACAUUCAUCGAGGCCGUGUCACCUGUCUUGUCUCCGUAAAGCCUGCUUUUUCUGGAAUGAUGUUUUUGUUCAUGAAUCUGCAGAACUUUUUUGGUGGAUUCCAUGGAGGAGCUAUUGCUGCUGUUGCUGAGGCUGUGGCGUUCGCCACUGCAAGAACGGUUGUGGCUGAGGAUAAGGAGCUUUUUCUAGGGGAACUAAGCAUCGCUUACCUCUCUUCUGCUCCAAAGAAUGCAGAGGUGAUAGCUGAUGGAUCUGUAGUGCGGAGUGGAAGAAAUCUGACUGUAAUAGCACAGGAGUUCAAGCUGAAGGAAACCGGGAAAUUGAUCUACACCGCUCGUGCUACCUUCUAUCACACGCCUGUUUCAAAAUUAUGAACUUGAAUGGAGUGUUUCUGCCUCACUUUGUACCUCAUGUCUCUGUCGUCCGACAUAUUACCAAUUGUGGUAAUAUGUAUAGGCGGCCUAUGUAUAGUUAGUCUUGAAUAAUAUUCUUUAGGAGGAAUGAGUACUUACUCCGUUACUCGUGCUAAAGCUUAUAUCUUUCACUGGAGAGGAAUGAAAACAUGGAGUUAUUAGGGUAACUAAAUCUUACGACAUGAAAACUCUGUAGUUCUGCUGAUAUCACUGAUGGGUCAGCUUCUCAUUUCUAUUUUCUGGUGAAUAUAUCAACUUCCCAU